AUGAUCCUCUUUACCGUGCAGACCGAAACGACCGAUGAGGUGGCGCUCACUGGACGGAACGACGGUGGUUCGCCCGACCCGGUGUUCACGUCGCUGGAGAACGCAAACCUGAUGGGCGUCCUGUGCUUCUCCGUGCUGCUGGGCCUGGUGCUGUCCGCGUUCCGCGACGAGCAGAACGUGGUGCUCAACGUGUUCGUCAGCCUGAGCAACACCCUGAUGACGGCCACACACAUGCUGCUGUGGUUCGCACCCGUAGGACUCUGCUCCGGCAGCAUGGUGCUGGUGCUUGGCGCCGGAGACUUGCAGCCGCUGACCGGUGACCUGUCGAUGUACGUGAUGGCGUUCGUGGCGGCCAUUGCACUACACGGUCUGCUAGUGCUACCGACGCUUUACCUGCUGCUUACGCGGCAUCAGCUGGGGCCCUUCUUCCGAAACAUGGUCUACCCAAUGGCGGUCGCUCUCGGCACGUCCUCCAGCUCGGCAACGGCGCCGACGCUGAUUGUGGCGCUGGAGCAAGGGCUUCGGAUGGAUCCACGGCUGGCGCGUUUCCUGGCGCCCGUCGGUGCCACGAUGAACAUGGACGGCAGCGCCAUCUACUUCAUCGUCACCGUGCUCUUCUUUGCACAGAAGAACGCCAUCGCGCUCACCGUGGCACAGCACCUCGUCGUCGGGUUGGUGUGCAGCCUGGCCACCCUGAGCACUAGUCCCACACCCCAGGCCAGCCGCGUGGUGCUGGUGUACCUCAUGAUCUCUCUCGGCAUCCCGCUCGACGGCGUCGGCAUGCUGCUCCACACGGACUGGGUCAUAAAUCGUCUGUCCACGGCGGUGAACGUGCUGGGCGACGCCGUGGUCGUCAGCGGGACACAGGCACUGUGCCGGUCCACGCUGGAGGCGCCCGGCCGCGACGAGGACGGCCACCCCGAGUGA